AUGGCUUCUCCCCGUCCUCCACACAACUUUGCUCCCCAAGGCUAUUCUCUACCGAACGGUGCUGCGGCUGCCGCUGGUCCUGUCCCUGGCGCCGCCCCUCUUCUUCCCAACAAUGGCCGGGUGAUUCAAAACGGCCCCGUCAGAGUGUUGUGUAUCGCAGAUGUCAGAGGAAAUCUGAAGUCUUUGAAUGAGCUGGCCAAGCAGGCCCGUGCUGACCAUAUCAUUCACACCGGCGACUUUGGCUUCUACGAUGAUACCUCUCUUGAGCGGAUUGCAGACAAGACUCUCAAGCAUGUGGCGCAAUACUCUCCAUUGCUGCCCGAAAGUGUAAAGCGCACGAUCGCCCAGACUCCUCCUCAGCAGUCUAUCAAGCAACGAUUCACUCCCGAUCAACUCCCCCUUUCCGAACUUCCAAUGCUGCUCGACAAGCGGCUCACACUCGAUGUUCCCGUAUACACCGUUUGGGGUGCAUGUGAGGACGUGCGGGUGCUGGAGAAAUUCCGCUCAGGGGAAUACAAGGUCAACAAUCUGCACAUCAUUGAUGAGGCUAACUCGCGGUUGCUUGAUAUCGGCGGUGUGAAGCUUCGUCUGCUUGGCCUGGGAGGUGCGGUUGUCAUGCACAAGCUGUUUGACAAUGGCGAGGGCAAGACCACGAUUGCUGGUGGCCAGGGCACCAUGUGGACCACUCUGCUUCAAAUGGGUGAGCUGAUCGAUACAGCCAACCGCGUAUACGACCCGUCGGAGACCCGCAUUUUCGUCACUCACGCCUCGCCUGCUCGAGAAGGGAUGCUGAACCAGCUGUCCGUGACUCUCAAGGCCGACUUCUCCAUUUCAGCUGGUCUUCACUUCCGCUAUGGUUCCUCCUACAACGAGUUCUCCGUCAAUCCCUCUCUGGACCACUACCGCGGUAAACUCGCCGCUUCCAAGGCCUCUUUCAACGAUGUUUGGGAGACUGUCCGCGGUGAGGUCGAAGCCGCUAUCUCCUCCAACGAAGCUCAGAAGACCCUCUUGGACAAUGCUCUCGACGUUGUUCAGAGAAUGCCUACUGUCGCCAAUGGUGGAAAUCCGUUCGGUGGCCCCACCGCCCCGGGCAACGCCGCGGGCCAAGUCGAUGAGAGCGCCUUCAAGAACAUGUGGAACUUCAACCUUGCAGACGCUGCAUUUGGCUUCCUCGUCCUUGAGAUUGAGGGUGGUCGCAUUGCGACGGAGAUGCGCGCUCAGGGCUUCAACUUUGCUCACCGUACUGGAAAGCCUCAAGUUGCUGCCGGACAGGCAGUAGCCAGUGGUCUUCCAGAUUCUCCAGCAACUACCACCCGUAUCCCUAGCGUUACUCCUCCCCAGUUCGGCCAAGCCCCUCCUGCGCCCACUCGGGCUGCGGCGCCCGCCCAGCAGCAAACUCAAGCAAAGGGUCCUGCUGCGGGCCCCACUCGCGCAUCCCCCGUCUCCGUCAUUCCUAAGCCUGCCACUCCACAGCCCUCUGGCGCUGCACCUCAACCCAGUGCUGCUUCGCCGGACAAGGCGGCUACCGUCGAGUCCAACGGCACUGCCCAGCCAGAGAAGCCCUCGGAAUCUCCUUUGCCCAGAGGUGAGAAAAGGCAGAGCAACGGACUAUUUGUCUCCAAUGUCGAUAACGAACAGGCGGUUCGCGAUUUGUUCCCCGAGGAGGAUAAAACAAAGAUCCUCAAAGUCGAAAAAUGGGGCAAGUACAAUCAUGUUGUGACCUUCGCGACUGUUGAGGAAGCCAAGGCCGCGCUUGACCGUCAGCCAGCCGAACAUAAGAAGCCCAGCGCGCCUGGUCAACCUCGCAAACCUAAUCUGAAAUUCUUCGAGGAUCGCGGCUCCCACCGUGGUAAUGCCGGCACCUGGCAAGCCAGCAACAGAGGCACCAACGCAUCCCAGCGUGGAUACCAGAGCGGGGGUGCUAGUGACAGCGAGGGAGGCCGAGGACGUGGUGGUUUCAGCGGACGCGGACGUGGCCGUGGCACCGACCGCGGUGGACGUGGUGGAAGAGGUGGCCGUGGCGGCUUCAGCAAGGGAGGCGCCUCGGACUCUCCUACGGUCUCGACAUCGACACCCUCCAGUGAAAAGCCCGCUCCCUCUGGCGGAGAGUCCUGA